AUGGAUUCUUCUUCUCCUGUAUCCUGCCUGUUCUCCGACGGCUCCAUCCAUCCUAGUCCACGGGCGCGCGUCAAGAAGCCCCAUAUUGCCAACGACAAUAGACGGCAUGCUGCCUACUAUCCGUCGAAAGCGAGCCUGCUCGGGGCAAAAAGGAGACGUAGCGAGCCUGUACCUUCUCCGGCGCCUACUCCGGUGCCGCUCUUCGAUGAGGAGGAGAGUACCUGGGAGUUUUCAGCCCCCCGGCAGGCGCCGUCCCUGAGCUCCAGCAGUUCUAGCAGUUGCGAGAGUUCUGGAAGCCGAAACUCUGCUGCCCAACUGAUUGCGCUCGAGUAUCGCCUCCGCCACCUUGAGCCUGAUGGCGCGUGGGCGCGCGACGACUUCUGCGACUUCGAAUACGUGUCCGUCUACCCACCCAGCCCAAAAGGUUCGGAGUACAACAGCAUCUCUCUCACCAAAAAGCCCAUCCUGCACGACGAGGCAGUAACCGUCAUGAAAUCCCACCACCCUGGCCCGGAUAGUAGGGUCGUUUGCCAACGCCCUGGCUGCCGUGAGACCCUUGAGGGCUUCAAGGAUUUAAUGUAUCAUCUUCAUCUUCACGAUGCGAAUGAACGAUCUGUUACUUGCCCUCACUGCAACGGCUACUUUGAUAGCCAACGUGAACUGAGCAUGCACGACUGUCGCAGGCGUCCUCACUCUGCUCCAGGCAGUCCCGUUCGAGAUGGCUUCUUACGCGUUCUCAACAAAAUUGUCUCCCACAUAUGA